UGAUUGUGAAGUUCCGCCCUCCCCUGCUGAAUAACACACCUCAGUAUCCCGAGGAGCUUCAGACGCUGCGAGAGAAACGCUCAGUGCACAGGAGAACUGAAGAGACAAAGAGCAGCCUCACACACUCACCCUGGGGGUCUGGAGGACACGACCUGGCUGUCCCUGCAAUCAUCUGGACUAUUUUAUUUCAUUCUCUUGCAACGAGCUCGAUAACACAGGAACAACAGAGCUUUGGGUUGGCGAGCAAAACAUAGUGUAAAUCUGUCUGUCCGAGGCGCGUCCGGAUGAAUUCAUAACCAUCAGUUUGGUUUCACCACACUCAGAGCGGUAUAAUCUGAUUAAGUUGAAUAUGUUCUACCGGUGAACAUACAGAGGUGGAGAAAAUUCAGCCAGAUGUUGAAACGCAUCUAGACUAGUUUUUGUAUCCAUCAAUUGUUGCGCAAAUUGCUGGACAGGCGAAUGCGCUAAUCUGUUCAUUUGAGACUGACGAAAAUCAUCCACAACUCUGAGCUUCGGUUUGUGAAACUCAAAUGAACAGAUGAGUGAAGACAGACUGAGUGUUUCAGGACCCGAGCCGCUGGACAGCGCCUGUGGAGAGUUUCAUGCUUUCAUCCCCGACGAGGGAACAUGUAUCUUUACACCUUUUCCGUAAACAAACAAACGAUUGCUUCCCUUUAAAUCACGCUUUAUAGUCUGAGAUGAUACGCAGCUAAUGAGAAGAGAGGAGAAAUCACUGUAUGGUGAAAUAUAGGAUAAAAUGUCUACACUUCGUAAGAAAUUUGGAAGUGACUAUCAGGUAGUGACCACCACAUCCUCCAGCCAUCAGAAGGAGAAGAAGAGGAAACGGCAGCGAUUCGUGGACAAAAAUGGACGAUGUAACGUCCAGCAUGGAAACCUGGGUGGAGAGACCAGCAGAUAUCUCUCAGACCUAUUCACAACUUUAGUAGACCUCAAAUGGCGAUGGAACCUCUUCAUCUUCAUCCUCACAUACACAGUGGCCUGGUUAUUCAUGGCUUCAAUGUGGUGGGUCAUUGCAUACAUCAGAGGGGACCUGUACCGAGCCCACGAUGAAAAGUACACGCCAUGCGUGGCCAACGUCUAUAACUUUCCCUCUGCUUUCCUCUUCUUCAUUGAGACAGAGGCCACUAUAGGAUAUGGCCACAGAUACAUCACAGAUAAAUGUCCAGAAGGAAUCAUUCUCUUCUUAUUUCAGUCUAUCCUGGGCUCCAUAGUGGAUGCCUUUUUAAUAGGCUGUAUGUUUAUUAAGAUGUCUCAACCCAAGAAGAGAGCAGAGACUCUGAUGUUUAGUGAAAACGCAGUCAUCUCCAUGCGUGACGGCAAACUCACGCUAAUGUUCAGGGUGGGAAAUCUGCGCAACAGUCACAUGGUUUCAGCACAGAUCCGAUGCAAAUUACUCAAGUCCCGACAGACACCUGAGGGUGAGUUCCUCCCCUUGGAUCAGCUGGAGCUGGAUGUGGGCUUCAGCACUGGAGCGGACCAACUCUUUCUCGUGUCACCACUCACAAUCUGUCAUGUGAUCGACACAAAAAGCCCCUUCUAUGAGCUCUCGCAGCGAUCCAUGCAGACAGAACAGUUUGAAAUAGUUGUGAUUUUGGAGGGUAUUGUUGAAACGACUGGCAUGACUUGUCAAGCGCGGACGUCGUACACAGAGGACGAGGUGCUCUGGGGCCACAGAUUCUUCCCGGUUAUCUCUCUGGAGGAGGGUUUCUUUAAAGUCGAUUAUUCUCAGUUCCACGCUACAUUUGAGGUUCACACACCUCCCUACAGCGCAAAGGAGCAGGAUGAGGCAUUACUCAUGUCCUCUCCACUCAUGGCCCCAUCUCUGUGCAAUAGCAGAGAGAAGAACAGCUCCCUGGACUGUCUAGAGCUGCUGGAGGAUCCAGAGAGCACCACUAAAUUACCAGCCAAGUUACAGAAAAUGACAGGUAGAGAUGGGCUGCCCAGGAAGCUCCUGAGAAUGAGUUCCACCACAUCAGAGAUGACAUACAGCCUUGGCGAAAUGCCCAUGAAGCUUCAACGCAUCAGUUCUGUGCCUGGGGUCUCAGAGGAAAAGCAGGUUACCAAGGCGACUAAGAUUGCCACAGAGUCCAUCAGCAAAUCAGUUGCGGACUUGCCGCCGAAACUGCAGAGAAUGGCUGGGGGAGGAGGUCGCAUGGACGGACACUUGCCACCCAAACUCCGAAAGAUGAAUUCUGAUCGUUUCACAUAGAUACUUUCUUCUUCAGCAACUUUCAAAAGGGCCCGCUUAUAAUUCAAGAUAUUUAGCGUGCAUAUAUAGACAGAUAAACCGUAUAUGCAGUACUAACGUAGGUUAAUGUAAUUCAGAACAUCUGUUCCUGUGGUGGGUUCAUAUUCAGUGAACAGGCUCUUUCAGGUUGUUGUUACUACAAGCACAAUCUAGUAUGGAUGACACCCUCAAGUGCAUGUUAAAAUGUUUCUCUCCCUCUGAUGGCAUGACAAGCUGUACAUAUUUAUUUGCCAAGGAAAUGUUAGCAAAUAUUAUUUUCUGCAAGCCAUAUGGUGAUAUAGCGGACAAUUCCUCCUACGUGGCUAAUUAGCAAUUGUUUACCAUAAUACCUCUAUACUGAGCUUAUGUUACAAUGCAUGUGCACAUAUAUAUAUAUAUAUAUAUAUAUAUAUAUAUAUAUAUAUAUAUAUAUAUAUAUAUAUAUAUAUAUAUAUAAGAUAAAUAAUUAUUUAGAAUAGUACAUCUAUUACUGAGAACUGUCAAUUGUGGAAAGCUUUUUAUGGCUUUUAUUUUUACUGAUAUUAUCAUAAAAGGAAAAAAAAUAGGGAAAUCAAUUGGUAAAAGCUGGUAUCUGUCACCUCAUUCAGAAUAGUUCCCCCCAAAAUGCUUUUGUUUCUCACCCUCAGGUUGUUUGAAAGCUGUCUUGCUUUCUUUUGAGAAACACAGAAGUAGAUGCUUUGCAGAAAGUCCAUGCUGCCUCUUUUAAUAGAAUUGAUACAGACAGUGACCAGGGGCUGUCAAAGUUUAAAUAAGAAGAAAAGAAAAAGAAAAGAUACAUUAAAAAUAUGGUCCAAAAAAAAUUCCAAGCUGACGAUUUUCUCCUUCACAUCAAUGGGUUUGAAAUAACAUGAGGACAGAAAUUCCAUUUUUGGAUUAACUAUUCCUUUUACUGUAACAGAGCAAUAACUGAAUGGCUGAUAAGUAUCAAAAUCAGUGUAAUCAUUUAGCAAAAUUACCUGGAAUUUCAACACAAAUUUGUUCAUAUUUCUUGUUUAAACUUGAGACAUCUAAUACACAUUUUACCCCAGUUUAAGCCAUUCUUAGGUUUAUUUAUCUAAAAAGAGUAAACACUGUGGUUCUGUGGUAUGGGGUGCUAGUUGUAACCUGACUAAUCAUUCUGUUUCUUGCACACAACAGUGAAUGUACUUUUUAUUUCAUCAAUAUCAAAAAAAAAAAAAAAAAAAAAAAAAAAAAAGCGCACAAAAUGCAUUUCAUUUACAGAACACUCAGCUGAGGAUAUUUUGUGAAUAAUUUGUACUUCUCUUUUUGGUGACACCUUAACUAUUGGACAUUUCAAUAUCAUUUACAGCAAACAGGUUUUAAAGCAUAUUACAUAUUCACAGUCUUUGAUGUGCUUUCAGGACAUUAGGGCUCAAUAUAAUCCCCACUAUCCACAUUAUUAAAUUAUUUCCUCAUUAUAAGUUGGGUGAAGAAUCAAGGAAUGACAUAACUGAUUCUGCCUCUUCAACUUUUAAUUACCCUGGACUUAAGUGCACCUUCUGCCUUUAUUGAAAAGGAUUUAAAGGAAGGUUCAUUUUAUCCCACGCCCACCCCCACCGUUCUUUCAGAUUCUAGAUGUAAAAUUCGGCGUCUGUGCAAUCAGUGAAGUAGAACCGAGCAUUAGAAGUCUUGAUUGGCUGAUCCUUUAAAGUGUUGAGGUGGUGUCUAAAUCCUGUUAAUGCACCCUCACUGAGCACCUCUCUCCCAAGAGAUUUUUUUUUGCCUGGAUUGCCAUUGAGAUCCCUACACUUUUGUCCAUUAGCCACAGCAUCUUUAAAAAAAGUGUGUAAUUUGAGUGUUGUACACCUGCACCCUUAAAGAUAAUCACUGCUGUAAAAUAGAUGCUAGAUGGAUUGAGAUCCAUUCCAGCCAUAAGCUGUAGCACUAAAUAGAGGCACUCUGUCAGACCACUCUGAUAGCACUUUUAUAUCACUCUGACUCUCCAUUGCAGGUCUGUGGUCAUUAUCAAUGUACAAAAGAAUGAGAAUUGAGGCUGGAACCAAUACCUAAUUAAAUGCUGUCUAUAAAACCAUUCAAUCAGUCAUUAAUGAACUGUCUGUUAAUUAGUUAUAUUGAUUUCAGAGCUGGGUCAUUCUCAGGAAACACUGCAAUUAGUGCCUGGUAAUUUCAGCAAGGUGGCUUUUAUAUGUUAUCGGAAUUAUAAUAAAUAUGAGAUGACGACUUGGAAAUUGCCCAUAAAAUUCUCCUUAUAAUUAUUACAGGACAAAAUCUGAUAUUAGCGGUUGGAUAAUCAGUAACGAAUAAGAGAAAAGUUUCAGUAGUGAAUGGUAAGUUCAUUCAUACUUUGAAAUGCAUUAAAAUAUUCUUGUGCUUCAGAACAACAACAACAAAAAAAAAAAAAACUAUUAAGUUGUUUUUUGAUCACCACCCGUCAGCCCAACGAUGGAAUCCAACGGCCUGGGCGAAGGUAUAAUGCAUGUAUGUUUUUUCAGUGCUCCUAUGAAGUUAAUUUAAUUUUUAGAAUUAGUCCAAUUUUACUUUAACUGUGCACUUAAUCUGACUUCAAUUUCAAAUGAUUACUUUUAGAUUGUGUUUCUACUUAGGAAUUAAUCAUAACUAUUGGUUAUGUAUUAAUUUAGAUGUUUGAUUAUUCUGGAUAUCCUGUAUUUUCAAUUAUUUGUUCAUUAAGGAACCGAUGUUGCAUAGAGAACUUGCGCCGACCGGUCGUAGUUUCACAGACACAAACUUGUCAGUUCUGAUCUUGGACAGAGGAUGCAGGGUGAAUAUUUACCUUUAAGUCGGCCACGCUCUGCUUGCUCAUAACAAAAAAGUGUAAUUUUUGUAUUGUCACGAAAACUGCAACUUACAGUUUUUGUAAGUUGCAAAAGCCAGUUUAACAAAAGUCAGUGAUAGUCAGAAAUCGUAAAGUCUCAAAUGGUGUGCCCCAUGCUCCAUUCACUGAGAAUUCAGUAUGAUCUAUCCUGACCACAUUUGUGGUAACACCAGACUCCACUUUAAUCUACUUGAAAUAAUGAUUUGAGAAUAAUACAAUGAAUCAAAAAGAACAUUUUAUUUGUCAGGUGAAAAUGUAUUAUGCUGAUUACACAAUUAGAAAAAUAGAAGCCAAUUCAGAAAUAAUAGAUACAUAACAUCAAUUGCUCAAUGAUGACUUCAAGAGUAAGAAAUGCAUACCAGACCAUGGGACACACAGUGGUGUGUGGGUGUUUUUAAGACACUCACCCUACUUGGGGGUUUCUGGCUACAGAAUUUCCCAAAUGGCUGCUCUACCACAUUACCUUAAAUACCCAGACCAGAACAAAAGGAUUGUAAAUAUUUAUUUCACCAACACCUGGUUUUAGAGAAGAGGAGAGGUUUUAUUAGAUAACUUGAAGAGGUACCACUCAAAAAGGAGAACAGAAUUCUUCUAAGUUUUUAAUCUUUCUCAUGACUGCAGUGAAAUUGAGACCAUUUUACCAAUUGCACUGAGACAUUUAAAAUGAUACCAAACAUGAAAGGGGAAAAACAAUGGAUUCACAAGAUACAUUAUAUAUGGAAUAUAGACAUUCUUAGUGAACUUUCAGUGUAUUGAGUCAGGGGAGAGGGAGUCGGUAAAAGAGAUGCAUACAUAAGCAUGGAGAGAAGUUUGAGCUAUGUUAUUUCUUUGAGAUCUUCUCUCUUUUAUUGUUUUAUUGCAGGGAGUUUGAUCUCAGCUUUUAUCUUAGCAGGAAAAUCAAGCUUUACAAUUUCACACCACUCACAAAUUCAGGUCUGGAACCCCACAAACACAGAGACGUUGAGUGAUUCAGUGAAACAACUCAAUGCUUUCUAUACUUUUGGAAUGCCGCUUGGUCAAUAUGAUCAGAGAACUCAAACAAAAUGUAGUAUAAUAUCCUUCAUCAGAAACAUCUCUUAUAAGAGACAUUCUAUGUUAUAUUAUAUUAUAUAUUAUACAAUGUCUUACUUUCCUGUUGCAGUGAGAGUGUGAGGUAAAAGAGGUGAUUUUGCUUUAAUACUAUGCUUAAGUGGAAUGAUAUGUACAAAUCCUCAAUACACACCAUGACUAUAUUGAGGUAAAUAUUUUAUGUAAAUUCUUAGGAAAUGCUAGCAUAUGCUUAUAGCCAUAAUUGGUUCGUUUUUAUGCUAGAUUUGGGUGUUAGCUGAGGAAAUGAGUGUGUGGGGAUAUCUGCACAAUUUACUGUAGUGAUGAACUGUAACCAAAAUAAACACAAUAAAAUGGCUUAAUCUGUCCUUUAAGUAUCAAACAGUA